ACGCGUGCAUUGUAGUUUCGGUUUAACCGCUGGCAUGAUAAGACGUAUUUGAACAAGUUCAGACCGUUGAUUUUUGGAACCUGCUAAGGCCUUAUUUAUUCAUACCUAACAUUGUAAAUGGUGAAAGGUCCUAAAAAAUAAGGACUGUAUACCAAUUCGGAAGGAAGGAACGCGUGCAUUGUAUCUAAUUGUGUCUGCGAUAGUUGAUGAGUGAACAUGUCACCAAUGCGAGAAGUUUUGCGUGAUUCCAGCGGUGAUUCUGGAUCAGAAUCUGAUAAUGCUUCCAUUUCCUCAAGAUCGAGUCGCAGCGGUAGCCCGACAUCACAGGCUCCAAUACAGGCGUCGAACAAUGCCAGGAGUGAACAGAACUCUGAGGAUGAAAAUGGAGCACGUUCUGUCGUGUCCAACGCUAGCGGUAGAUCCUCGAGGUCCAGUAGCCAAACAGUUGAGUCGAAUAAAUUAGAUGGUAGUCGCAAGUCAGAGAGUCCAUCGAGAUCACCAUCACCAGCGAGAUCAGGUUCUAGACAUUCCAGCGUUGGCUCGGUUCAGAGUGAAAAGUCUGGCUCUCGCAGAUCCAGAAGCGCUACUCCAAAAUCAGUAGGUUCCAACAGUUCAGAGUCUCCAAAGUCUUCCAGAUCACAGUCUCCGCAUGGGAGUGUGCACUCUACAAGUUCAAAAUCACCUGCUAGUCCAAAAUCUGUCCACUCAGAACGUAGAUCACAAAAAGGAAAAUCCAAAUCUCCAGCUUCACCCGCGUCCAAUGGUUCUGGUUACGAUUCUCCAAAGAGUCGUAGAUCUAGGAGUGUUUCCUCUCAAAGAAGCAACAAAUCAACAGGCUCUAUAAGUCAGCAUUCUCCAGCAGAAAGGCGCUCGAAAUCCCCCGCAUCUGGAAAUGCAAAAUUGUUGGAUGAACCUACCGAGAGAGCAGACUCUGAAAAAUCAGAUACUAAGAGAUCACAGUCGAAAAGUCCUAAAGAUAAAAGUGAUAAUGAAUCAAACAAAUCUUUUAAACAGACAGGUGACAAUCAAAGUCCAAAAUCCGACGAAAGCGAUAACGAAAUGCGAUCGAAAAGUAAACGAAAGAGCAGCGAAUCUGGCUCGGAUACGGAGAAAAUCAAUAAACGAUCUAAAAAGAUAAUAAACUCAGAUUCCGAGAAUGAAACGGCGGACAAGGAAAACAGCAUUGCUCCAACCGCGGACGCGUUGUUCGGCGAUGCGAGUGAUAUUAGUACAGACGAUGAGAAAGAAAAGAAAGAAGAAGAAAAGGAAAAAGAAAAGAUUCAUAGGGAAAGUAGAAGUAAGAGCAAGAGUCGUAGCAGAAGCAGAAGUAGAAGCAGAAGUAGAAGUAGAAGCAGAAGCAGAAGUAGAAGUAGAAGUAGAAGUCAUAGUCGCGGAAGAUCUGAAAGUGGUGGAGAAGGUCCCAGCCAUCGGGCUCUUAUUGAAGAUGAAGAAGAUAAAGAUAAGGAAGAAGAACCAGAACUACCACCAGAAACUAGAAUUGACGUGGAAAUUCCAAAAAUCACUACUGACCUCGGACGUGAGAUUCACUUCGUUAAGUUGCCGAAUUUCUUAUCCGUGGAAACGAGACCAUUCGAUCAUGAGACUUACGAGGAUGAAAUUGACGAAGAAGAGACUCUGGACGAAGAGGGACGAGCUCGUCUGAAACUUAAAGUUGAAAACACACUGAGAUGGAAAGAGACAUUUAACGAAGAGGGCAAAGUAGUAAAAGAGAGUAACGCGAGAUUUGUCAAGUGGUCGGACGGUAGUAUGUCGUUACACUUGGGCUCUGAGAUCUUCGAUGUGUACAAACAGCCUUUACAAGGCGAUCAUAAUCAUCUCUAUAUUCGCCAAGGUACCGGUCUACAAGGUCAAGCAGUGUUCAGAACGAAAUUAACUUUCAGACCGCAUUCUACGGAAUCAUUCACACACAGAAAGAUGACCAUGUCAUUAGCUGACAGAUCGCAAAAGACCUCCGGCAUCAAAGUUCUCUCUCAAGUGGGAAUGAAUCCAGAUCAGAACAGAUAUGAAAUGAUAAAGAAAGAGGAAGAGAAGCUACGCAUGGCCAUGCGAGUCCAAAGCAAAUCUAAAAAGAGUGUUGGAGGUGUCAGGAAUACUAGCCGUACUGCAGGAGCAUAUAGUGGCGAUGCUUAUCAUGAUGACGGCUCUGAUGAUGAGGGUGCGAUUUCGUUAGCAGCCAUAAAAAAUAAAUAUAAAAAGGGAGGCGCCGCAAUUGCUAAAGCUGCUUCAAAUAUAUAUUCAUCAGAUGAAGAAGGAUCGGACUUUGAGACACUUAGGCCUAAAAAGAAUUUCAAAGGUAAAGUACUUAAAGAUUCAGACGAAGAGUCGAACUCUGAAAGUUCUUCAGAAAGCGGUGGGGAAGACAAUCAAGUUGAAAAUACAAGUGAUUGAAAUGUACAUAUAAAUAUCUGUACCUUGAAAAAAGAUCAAUAUUCACUAAUAAUAAUAAUAAUGAAGAAAGACUA